AUGUCUAAUAUAAGGUUUUUUGUUUGCAUUUUUCUAGUUCUAUCUACAUUUAUUGAUAAAACUAAACCAUUUAAAGAAAAAGGGAGAAAGUUCAAUAUUUCUUUUAUUCAAGAAGUACCACAAAUUCAUUCAGGGGAUUCAGAGAGUUCAGCAGAUACAGCAAAUACGUCAAAUACGUCAAAUACACCAGAUACGAGUACACCAAAUACACCAGAUGCAACUAGCACACUAGAUAAAGCACAUACUUCAGAUACAAGUACAACAGGUAAAGAGAAUACACUAGAUGAACCGAAUACACCAAAUAAAUCGAAUACUCCAGAUACAAGUACAACAGAUAAAGAGAAUACACAAAAUGAAUCGAGUACACCAAAUAAAGAGAACACACCAGAUAAACUGAAUACUCCAGAUACAAGUACAACAGAUAAAGAGAACACACCAGAUAAACUGAAUACUCCAGAUACAAGUACAACAGAUAAAGAGAAUACACCAGAUACAACAAACACACCAGAUAAAUCGAAUACACCAGAUACAACAAACACACCAAAUAAAGAGAAUACAUCAGAUACAAGUACACCAUAUAUAACAAAUAUUCCUGAUAUUUAUCAGAAUGAAAGUAAUAUAAUUGCUAAUCCUAUACCUUUACAGGAAGAAAGAGGUAAUGAUAUAAAUAGUAAUCAAAAACAUAGUGAUUCACAGGGGCAUUAUAAUCAACAUUGGGAUAACUUUAAUUCACAUAAAAAUGGAGAUACUACUGGUCACAACUCGGAUAAACAUUCAAAAGGAUAUGAACAAAUUGAAAAAGAUAAAUAUAAUCCAACUGAACUAACGAUAGAUAUGCAUAACCAAGAUAAAGGAAAUGGUGAUAAAGAUUUUCAUAAGAAUGAAAGUAGCCAAUAUGAAAGUGCUAAUAAUAGUGAUAAAGAUACUGAAUAUUCGAAACACUCGUUAUACCACUAUGACAAUACAUCAAAUGAUAAAUAUAAUAACAAUGACAUCAAUGAAGAAAAAAAACAGGCACAUUAUGAAGAGAAGAAUAAAGUAAAAAAUAGGGAUAUCCUAAAUAUGGCUACUAAUCUAUAUCAAAAUAAAGAUGCUAUAACACUUGAAUCAUUUGAAGGAAAAGGAUUAUAUAGUUCAAUAAUGGACCAAAUUAUUUUGGAAAUAAUGAAAUGUGCUGGAGAAGGAGUAAAAGGACUUUUGCGAUUAAAAGAGAGUUCCGUUUCUAGUAGUUUAUUCAAAGAAGCAUUGUCCACUUUAAAUAUUAAUGAAGAACAACUUUCUUUCGAUCCCAAUUUGUUGACACUUGAAGUGUAUGAUAAAAUUCUAUCAACAAUGUUUAAAAUAAUGACGAAUAUGUCCUAUUAUGAAUUUCCUCAUUUUUAUGAACCAUUGGGUAUUGAUAAAUCUAUUUUACAACAAUCGUUAAAACAAAUAAAAAUUAAGAUUUUAAGAAAAAUUGGAGUAACUUAUAGUAAAUUACCACCAAUAAUAAAAGAGAAAGGAGGAUCUUGCCCUAUCAAAGAUAUGAUUAUAAGUAUUUCAACUAGAGAAUUAGCACAGAGAAUGGCUAUAAUGUUCACAAAAUGGCUAUCUCCUGAUGAAUAUGGGGGCGUAGUAGAUUUUGACAAUAAUGUUGAAUUAAAUAUUUUAUGUUCAGGUGCCUCUAUUAUAAUUCAGCAACAUAAGUAUUUUCAAAACAUUUUAGGUUUUGAAGCGGAUAAUGAUCAUGCAUAUUUGAGUUUGAUAGAUGAAUUAUUAGCAAUAGAUAAAAAGUAUAAUAAAGAUAAAGAAUAUACUAAAUUGUUAAAAAAAAUAAAAAAAUCUAAAGCUUUUAAUUAUUGCACAAAAAUUAUGAGAAUAGGAGGAAAUAUUUCAUCAGUUCCUUUUAAACAUGAAAAUGUAAAAAAACCAAGUACGUCAUUAAUUGGAUCUUUAGGUAAUUUAGUGAAGGCUCAUAUACAAUCUUAUUAUACAGCUAUAGCACAAAGAAUAAAUUCUUAUUACUAUUAUGCUGAAAAAGUAAGCAAAAAAACAUGUAGUUUAAAAGUUGUUUCAGUUUGUACUCUAUUGCACAUAACAGAUACAUUAUAUCAUUGUUCAGACGAUUCUGGAAAGAAUAUAUUUGAUUUUUUCAAUUUGCAAUUAAAUACAUUAAAUAUAGAGGGGAAAAAAAUAUUACAACCACUUCUUGAAUUAAGUUUUUUGAAUCAAGAAAAAUAUAUUCAUCUUAAAGAAAUGUGUGAUCCUACUAGUAAUUUAGUUGAUGAAACAAUAACUAAAUUAUUAGUUCUACUGUCGACUGAAUCCCACGAAUUAUUGGCAAAUGAAUUUGAUAAAAGAGGUAUGGAUGAAGAUUAUAUUAACGAAGAAAUAAAGCAAAUAGAUGAAGAGGGUGAGAAUGUUACUGAAGAAGAUGAAGAUGUAGAAAAUAUUGUUAGUGGAGAUUUAUGA